AUGGGGAUGGCGGCGGAGGAGAGGGUACGACUGGGCGUCGAGGUGAUGGGGAAGGCGGUGGACAGGGCGGGAUGGCGGCGUAGGGGACCGGCUAUCGGCGAAUCUAAUGGCGCCUGGUCGUUGCUGCCGCCCGAGAACGCCGCCACGGCGCCCGCGCCCGCCCCACCCUCCGCCCCGGCCCCGGCGCCGAAGCUUUCCCCGCCCACCAGGUUGGGGAUCUCGCCGCGGUACGACCUCGACGCCAAGUGGGACGCCUGCCUCGACCUCUCCAUCCGCCGCGUCGCCUACUCCUCCCUCGCCGGUGCCUUCGGGGGCCUCAGCCUCUUCCGGGCUGCGUUCACUGAAUGCUCAUACAUAUUCAAUGGUUCUCCUCCAAAGUGGUUGGCCCCUGAAUGCUCAAUUGCUCUUACAUAUUCAAUGGUUCUCCUCCAAAGUGGGGAAAGAAAUCUGCUGCUGUGAGAGGAGGACGACGAGGCGAGUGGCUGCUCUGACCCUGCUACUGCCCACACGAUAGAAGGAUAAUGAGAUGUUGAAGCGGCAGACGGAAUCCAUGACACCGAAGUGCAAUGUGCGGCAGAUUAUCUCUAUUUUUCCUUUUCAUUUUUCUUAUUAUUGGAGUGAGAACAGGUAGAAUGAGGAACUGUGUGAUAGUAGAUACAACAACUGUAGUAAAAAGAAACUUAUGUUUGCAAUUGUUAAUGACAUACAUACUUGCAUGUUCUUUGAAGUGGUCAAUCGUGAGUACCAGUGCAUAAUGAUGGGGUUUUGGCUCA